AUGGAAGAGAACAAAACGGUACCGGUUUCUUUGUCCUACACAAGCAAUCCUCACGAUGUGAAGAAACGAUUGUUGUACAGCAUUUGCUGGCUCCAAGAUCUUGGGGUUGGACACAUACAGCAUGCAACUUCCAAGAUAUGCUCAGCUUUGAUCAAAAGCCUCAUGGAGAUGAAUGAAAAGAAGAAGCACCAAUUCCAGGCCCGAAAAGUCUUCUACAGAAAAGUCCGGGUGCCCGCGGAUGGGCUUUGCGGUUGGUACUGCCUCUUGGCAGCCCAGGAUCCAAGUGCGUGGGAGAAGAUACCACGUAGUGAAGGGUCUUUCCCCAUCAAUCGUCAGAUACACCAACAGGAAUUGAACAAUGCCAAGACUCUGCAUAGAGAUGUGUGUGAGAAAGCCCUGACUGUUUGCAAUGAGUCUUAUCAUGGAGCUAUCCGGGAUGUGUUGGCACAUCCAAACUUUUCACCUGCCAAUUUGGAAUGGAUAGCCUACACAUUGUCCAUCGCAAUUCGCUGCACAUGCGAUCCCAAGGUUGGCCUCUAUGAUGGGACACAGUUGGACACAAUCUAUGGAUGCGGAGAGCCUAAUGUUCACAUGCUGUUCUCAUUUGACAAGGCUGUGGCAGGAAGCCAUGACUUCGGGCAUUUCACUUUGCUCAUCCCAAGCCAUUCCAAAGGUGGUGAUGGCCUACAGCUGGAUGAAUAUGUUGGUAUGAAGGUUGCAGAAGAGAGUCAAAAGCUUCUAUCCUUUAUGGCAAAUGACGAUCCUACAACAGUGCAAGCAGCCAUCACAGACGAACAAGCAAGUGCAGGAGAUGACAAGCAUCCAGACAAGCCAGAACUAGCUUGCAGCACCGCACACUUAGAACAGUUCCAGAGCCAGCAUCAGCCAGUUCAGCCAACUCCACAGGAGAAACACACAGAGACAGCAGCCCCAACAUCUCCUCGACAAGAGCCAAAGAAGCAAGAGCAAGAUCAACAGCAGCCAGCAGUUAAACAAACAACAAAAAGCAACAUCAAUCCAGGAGAUGACAAGCAUCCAGACAAGCCAGAACUAGCUUGCAGCACCGCACACUUAGAACAGUCCCAGAGCCAGCAGCAGCCAGUUCAGCCAACUCCACAGGAGAAACACGCAGAGACAGCAGCCCCAACAUCUCCUCGACAAGAGCCAAAGAAGCAAGAGCAAGAUCAACAGCAGCCAGCAGUUGAACAAACAGCAAAAGGCAACAUCAAUCCAGGAGAUGACAAGCAUCCAGACAAGCCAGAACUUGCUUGCAGGACCGCACACUUAGAACAGUCCCAGAGCCAGCAGCAGCCAGUUCAGCCAACUCCACAGGAGAAACACGCAGAGACAGCAGCCCCAACAUCUCCUCGACAAGAGCCAAAGAAGCAAGAGCAAGAUCAACAGCAGACAGCAGUUGAACAAACAGCAAAAGGCAACAUCAAUCCAGGAGAUGAGAAGCAUCAAGACAAGCCAGAACUAGCCUGCAGGACCGCACACUUAGAACAGUCCCAGAGCCAGAAGCAGCCAGUUCAGCCAACUCCACAUGAGAAACACGCAGAGACAGCAGCCCCAACAUCCCCUCGACAAGAGCCAAAGAAGCAAGAGCAAGAUCAACAGCAGCCAGCAGUUGAACAAACAACAAAAGGCAACAUCAAUCCAGGAGAUGACAAGCAUCCAGACAAGCCAGAACUAGCUUGCAGCAUCGCACGCUUAGAACAGUCCCAGAGCCAGCAGCAGCCAGUUCAGCCAACUCCACAGGCUCGAGCCAAGAGGCGCCUGUGGCCGGAAUAUUCAAUCAAAGUGAUUCCCCCUGGUGCGAAUGCUGGAGUUGAAGUGAAACAAGAGAUUUUUUCCAGCCCAGAGCCGUCACAACAUGUGAAAGUUGAAGUGAAAGAAGAAGUUUUAUCCAGCCCAGAGACAUCGCAGCCAUCAAAGCUUACCAGCAGCAGCAAAUGUCUACCGAGAAGGAAGGGCAGCAGAAAUCAACAUGCUGAAUGGAAGGCUGUGUCAGCACCACCCGAGCCUGAAAUCAGCGCUCUGUUUCAAGGAAAGGCAGAAUCACCAACACCACAUGUGGAAGAUGUGUGCUUGUUUGGGGACCUACUGGAUGCAGAAAGUACAUGUGCAGGAAAGAAUGACAAAGAUUCACAGUUGGACCAAAAUCUCACACGCAGAUUUCAGAGGAUAGCAACAACACGGCAGCAGAAGCAGCAGCCGCAGCAGCAGCAAUAUGCAAAGCACAGCCUGGAUUCAGACGUCCGUGAAUCACCAAGACCGUGGAAACUGGCAAAGUUGAGACCACACAGCCAACACAACAAGUCACCAGCUUCAACUACCACAUCUAGCCCAGAGAACUUAGACAAAAAAGUGAAUUGCAUCAUACUGCUAGAGAGCACCUGGGAAAAAUUGGUAGCUGGCCAAAGUACAACAAUUUUUCGUACCUACUCCUUGCGGACCGCCCCACUACAACUUCAUGUGCUUUCCCGUGGGGAUGGCAGCUUCACUUCCUAUGUUGGGAAGAUGACGGUUCGCGAAGUAGAAGCUGUGACCUCUAGUCGCACUGUCAAAGACUAUGAGAACAACCCUAUGGAGGUCAAAUUCUGGUCUGAUAAGGUCAGGAAUGAGAAAGAAGUUUUCAUAUGGAAGAUCAGCACAGUGCAGGCAUGGGAUGAACCCAAGCCGAUUCGGUUUCUCCAGGCAAAGUAUCGGAACAGGCACUUUCAGGUUCCCAAGAGACAGCUCAUGCAAGGUUCUGCGGGAAUGGAGACUCCUAUGCCGUCCUUGUAUGCAACAUCAGCUUGGUUCGUGCGUUUGCUGAGCAUCUCUCAAUACCAGCACCUCAAACGUGUGGCUCUAGAACUGGAUGGAACUGAUUUAAGGAUUGGUACCACAUGUUCCGGGAGCGACAUUUGCAUUGUGGCCAUUCAUGGUUUGAUGGAAGCCAUCAAUGCUGAGUUUGGUGUCAACAUUGGUGUCAAACACGUCUUCUCAGCAGAGCUUGACCCGAAGAAACGUCAGUACAUUUUGGAUUGUCAUCAGGCUGAUCACGUGUAUGGCGAUGUCAUCGCAUUCAGCAACCAGAGAGGGCACUGUCUUUUGAAUGCGAAGCGCAAAGACUUUGCAGGUAGCUACCAGUCUGGAGAAGGUUUCGGAACAUCUGCACACACACUUACAAGCACGGCUGGAAGGGAGUUGUUGAGCUUUUGUGCCCCAUCAUGUCCAUCUAUGAGAAUGUGA